AAGCGGAUGGUGAUGUUCUUGUUUGAUCAGAUGCAGGGGAAUCUCCUUAACGUCUCUGACACGUGCCCUCAGAAGACAGCAAAGCUCUCUGGAGAGGUUGUCUGGGCAGCAGAUGGGGGCCUCAGUGCCUCCCGGCAUGGAGUCCCCAGUCAUAAGACAAUGCCGGGCAACGGUGCCCAGCAGCUGCUCCCUGGCAGGGGCUCUCCCUCACCCACUGAGGUGAUUCCCUGCGUCAGCAUGGAACUGGAACCCCAGAGCCGAUUGUGUCACAAAAACGUGCUGUGUAUUAUGGCCUGCAAGGUUGCCCUGCAUGCUGCCUGGUCCCCAGCCCGGGGCGCGUCAUUCUCUGUGAGGUGACACUGCGGUGUGAUGUCACAGUGGUACCUCAUACACCCUUGUGGCAGCGGUGGGAGCGGUGGCUCAGUCCGCUUGUGGGACCCGCAGGAAGUGAACCCAGAGAGAGUGUUGUGUCUGUCUGGACAUAUCCUGCUGUGAUGGAGCGUCUGAGAGCCCUUCGAGGUCUCUUUGCUUGUGUGGGCUGCAUGCCCAGGCGUACGCGUCGCAGGGAGAGAAGCAGGGUGUCAAGCCCUGUCCCUACCUGCGCCGUGAUUUUGCUGCUGCAGUGCCUGCAAGAUCGGGAGGGUGACCGAGCGCAGACAUACUCUGAGCUGGAGAGCGCCCUGUGGGAAGAUGACAGCCGCCCGCCGUGCGGAGUGGUGAACCGGCUGCUGGCAGAGGUGUCCCAGGACCUGACGGCAGCCCAGGGCGUGACCAGCAAUGUGAGGACAGCUGCCAGCAAUGUCCUGGUGGCUCUGGCCCGGACACACUUCACCUUGGUGAUGGCCGAGCUCCAGAGCCACCUGAAGGCCACGGGGGACAUGUUCAAGGAGUUUGUGCUCAUCACCCUGAGCAAACUCUUCAGCACUUAUGCUCCACAAUGCAUCCCCUUUGUGUGGCUGACACUGGCUGGCCUGCGCAGUGUGGUGGGCCAGGUGAGGAGCGGCCAGAUCCUGCGCAUUGCUUGUGCUGUUGUGAAACAGUGGUUGGAUGAAGUCAAGAAGAACUUGUCCUCUGGAAUGCAAUGCCCCUGGCCUGCCAUGGAGAAAGAGCAAAUUUAUGAGAACCUUCACGAGCUGCUCUUCUCUAUGCUGAGGAACUGGCAGGACUGCCAGGAGGAGAAGGACAAACAGGCUGUCCUCGGGGCUGUGUCUGCCAUGCUGGAUGUUCUCCUGCAAGAGGAGCUGCACCGAGAGCACGUCUGGGAGCAGCUCCUAUGGUUCGUUCACCCGUGUCAGGAGAUCCAAGACACCUGCAGGGUGGCCAAGGUGAGACGUUGUGCAGGGCUCAG